AUGGCCCAGUACAAAGGCACCAUGCGGGAGGCAGGCCGCGCCAUGCAUCUGAUCCGGAAGCGGGAGAAGCAGAAGGAGCAAAUGGAGGUGCUGAAGCAGCGCAUCGCGGAGGAAACCAUCACCAAGUCAAAGGUGGACAAGAAGUUCUCUGCACACUAUGACGCCGUGGAAGCAGAGCUGAAGUCCAGCACUGUGGGCCUGGUGACCCUGAACGACAUGAAAGCCAAGCAGGAAGCCCUGCUGAGGGAACGGGAGAUGCAGCUGGCCAAGAAGGAGCAGCUGGAGAAACGCAGGCUCCAGCUGGAGAAGCUGCGGGAGAAGGCACGCCUGCAUGAGCAGAAGCGCAAGAUCUCCAGUCUGUCUUUCUCGCCGGAUGAGUUCAGUGAAGACGGAGAGGAAGACAGAGGUGGUGAGGAGGAGCACGAGCCUCACAGGGCCGAGGUGACCAAGAAAAAGAAGAGACAUCUUGGUAAGAAUCCUGACGUGGACACGAGCUUCCUGCCAGAUCGGGACCGGGAGGAGGAAGAAAAUCGCCUGCGGGAAGAGCUGCGCAAGGAGUGGGAGGCCCAGCGUGAGAAGGUCAAGAGCGAGGAGAUGGAGAUCACUUUCAGCUACUGGGACGGCUCCGGCCACCGGCGGAUGGUGCGCAUGAGCAAGGGCAGCACCGUGCAGCAAUUCCUCAAGAAGGCCCUGCAGAGCCUGCGCAAGGACUUCCGGGAACUGCGUGCCGCAGGCGUGGAGCAGCUCAUGUACAUCAAAGAGGACCUCAUCCUACCCCAUUACCACACGUUUUAUGACUUCAUCAUCACCAAGGCACGUGGCAAGAGUGGGCCGCUCUUCAACUUUGAUGUGCAUGAUGAUGUACGGCUGCUGAGUGAUGCCACCAUGGAGAAGGAUGAGUCCCAUGCUGGAAAGGUGGUGCUGCGUAGCUGGUACGAGAAGAACAAACAUAUCUUCCCCGCCAGCCGCUGGGAGCCCUACGACCCAGAAAAGAGGUGGGACAAAUACACCAUCCGAUGA